ACACCACCACAGCAAAAACAACACCACUACUUCAACUGUAUGACCAAAAAUCCCAAAAACUGUAAAAACAAAAAAGAACACUUGAAAUUUCUUAUCCAAGUGUUGCGACCAAACGUGUUUCAAUGAGGUAUGCAGAGUAAUGUAACAAAUACCAGAAUCCACUUGGGUCAAACCACCCGGGUCACGUCACUGAUCUAUUGCCACAACGCAGUGUACUCAAGGGAAGUACAAGACGAGUUUACGCUGCUCGCGUAUUGACUUUCACUUUCUUAUGAGCACAACAACAACCAUUUAACCAUGGUGGUAAUACUUCUAUCGACGGCUGUCAUCUUUGCGGUUCUUCUUCCUCAUGAAGUUGUGGUGGGAAAAGUAAGCGAGGAUGUUUUUCCUUCGCCAUACGCGUCUUCUAAAGCAGACUGGGGACAAGAGAGUGAGCCUUUACCAGAUUCGCGGUCACGGAUGAGAGCUAUGCCAAGACAAGCAUUCACUGAUGUGCCGCCGGGCCAAGAAUGUAGCAGUUAUAGAAACCUGAGCAGUCCUGACCGCGCACAAAGGGCUGUGACAUCAGUGGAUGCAGAAAUCUGCGACCGCAAUCACGCUUUCUCUUCUGGCUGGUACCGAUUCACCGGGGAUGCUGGUAAUAAAAUGGCAACAUCUUGCGUUCCUAUCUUGCGCUGUAUGGCCGCUUCUACUGGAUGGUUAAACGGCUUGCAUCCUACUAGCUCUACCAUUGUUAAGAAUGAAGUCUGCUUCAACUGGAAACAAGAUUGUUGCAGUAUUAAAGUCAACGUUCGGGUUAAAUUGUGCCGUGGAUUUUAUAUCUACGAGUUACCUGCCGUGCCUCAGUGUUAUUUGAGAUACUGUGGGAAUGCUCUAGGUCCAAUGGAAAAACCUUCACAAUGUGGUGGUAAUCUUACCAGCCUGACAGGCCAGAUAACCAGCCCAGGAUAUCCCAACUACAUGGAGCCAAUCACCUGUCAGUGGACCAUCAAGUCACCAUUUGAUGGUUACAUACUGCUGUACUUUGAAAACAUUACACUUGGACAUGGAGGGUGUUUCUCUAAUAACCUAACCGUUGAAGGAGACAGAACAGAAACAUUUUGUUACAGACGAGAUUUAAACUCGUUUUCCAUCCUCGUUCCGAAAAGAACGGUGAAUAUUUACUACAAAUCAGUCUACUGGAACAAGAAGCUGGGAUUUAAACUCAAAUAUUUGAUGUUAAAAGAAAAUUUGGACAAUGCACAAGCACACAGCCAGUGGAACAUCAGCGCCCAGGUUAAUGGUCCAUCUUCUAUUCAUGUAUCUUGGAAGACGUUUGACAACUCCGUCAUGAGCUCUGGUCAAACCCUUUAUGGGGUAGUGGUGGUUUGCAAGCCCCUUAAACUCAUACAACGUACAGUACAUGUUAUGGUCCAACAUUCAGCUACCCAAGUCGAGGUCACUGGGCUUACUGGAGGCACAGAGUACACGGUCCAAGUUGUGGCAUUGGUGAAUGAUCCAAAUAUGGUAUCUGUGUCCUUGUAUGGAAGUGAUACAGCAAGAAUAACUACCAGUGAUGGAGAAUGCGAGACGUACAGAAAUCUGACAUCGGAGAGAAGGUCCCAAAGUGAACCAGGUGGUCCUUACUGUGAUCAAAAUCAGAUAUACACCCCAGCCUGGUAUCGUUUCGGAGGAAAGGCUGGUACACAAAUAGCGACAUCAUGUGUACCCCCAGACAGAUGCCAUACAUCUUCGCCUGGUUGGAUGGAUGGAACACACCCUUUGGUCCAAGAUGGCGUCGUCAUGAGAACAGUCUGCUUCCAUCGGCUCGAGGAUUGCUGUAGGUGGGAAGUCACUAUCAGAGUUCGCAAUUGUGACGGGUUUUAUGUAUACCAACUUCAUCGUCCGCCUAUGUGCAAAUUGGGCUACUGUGGAAAUGAUGGAGGCUGUGGUAAAUUCAUCAGGGACGCGUCUGGUACGCUUACAAGUCCUGGUUAUCCAAAACGUAUCUACUGGAACUCCAAGUGUCUCUGGGAUUUUACUGCUCCAUCUUCGGCUGGUGUUAUCGUUGUUGUCGUGGAAGAUCUCAGAAUACCUUGUGUAAAAUUUUCUCUGUCGUUUCAAAACGGCGUUGGGAAGCAAGUUGGUCAAGAGUGUGGCAUACAGCGAUUCUUCACCUGGGUGUCUCAAGGUUCUGCUAAACUGAAGUUCCUCUCUGACAAAGCUGAAUCCAGAUGGGUUGGGUUUGAAGCUCGGUAUUUCAUCUUCAAUGGCAGUCUUACUGACAUUCCAGAUAUUCCUCAAUGGUCUGGCGUCUCAGCUCAAGCUUUGAAUUCAACAGCCAUAACUGUACAAUGGGGCCCUUAUUCCAAUAUUUCUGUUACUGAGUACCUUAUUAUAUGUGUACCAGAUGGAUUACCUCUUAAUGCCACAAUAUCCAUUAAGGAAUAUGCCAAGGUUUCGCAGUUCUCUCUUGUGGUGUCUGGCUUAAUGGAGUACACCAACUAUACUGUACAGAUUGUGGUACAAACAAGUGAUGCAAAGUCGAGCUUCAGUGGUUACAGAGGAAGUCAAAAGACACGCGUAGAGACUAAAGAGGACGUUCCAAGCGAAGGCCCGUCUGAUGUCAAAGCUACAAGUGCUGGUACAAACAGAAUAAUGGUCAGCUGGAACCCCAUACCAAAGCAUGCGCAUAACGGUAUUAUUACUCAUUACGUCAUCUAUUACAAGAAAGUACUGACAGCCCAAACAUGGACUGAAAUGGCAGUCAACAAACCACUGAUUAAUGGUACACGGAUGAUAGCAUAUUUAGAGAGACUUGAGCCUGGUAAAUAUGUGAUGCAGAUGGCUGGUGCUACGUCCGUUGGUGUUGGAACAAAGAGCUUUCAAAUUUACUUUAUUUUAGUACUCCCCACCACCAUACUACCUGCCACGACACCACCCCUAACACCGGACAAAGCCUUGAGGAUGUAUCCAUACGGAGAAAGUGCUGGAGACAGUAUGAUACCAAACACGAAAUAUUAUGUUGCCACAUGUUUUCGCAUUGAUAUUCCUGGAGAUGGGCUGCCGUUCUUUACGAAGAGACAUCAUAUGAUUCAUAUUUGUCGUAAUGGUCUUCUGCUGUUUGAGACUUGGAGGUCAAUCCGUUGGCCAUACAGGCUGGUGGAAGAACGUACGUGGUUGAGGGACGCAUCUCUAUUGGCUCCAUACUGGGCGUUAAUUGAUGUUGAUGGUUCAUUUGUAAACCGGGGCAUUUCCAAAGUGUACUACCAAGCAUACAACGACACAGAUAACAGCUAUAAAUCCAGGAAAAUGAUCAUACAGGCCACCCAUGACGUAGAAAACCUGCAUCUCAAUAAACUCAAGUUAUAUGAAGGUGACUAUACCAAACCUCGAAACUUUAAAGCAAAAUGGGUUUUAGUCAUCACUUGGGUGAACUUGAGGCCAUAUGGUGUUGAAAGACUGCGCAACUUCAAUCUCACCAACACCUUCCAAGCCGUACUCAUUACAAACGGUAUUCACUCCUUCGCCAUGUACAACUAUCCUACAAAUGGAAUACAAUGGGCUGUACCUGCUCCACUGGGUAAACACCAUCUUUAUGAAGGCAGUCCUGCGCUGCCUGUGGCUGGCUGGAAUGUUGGCAGGAAGAGUUUGGAACACUAUGAUAUCGAAGGAUCUGGCCAAACAGCAAUGGUGGGGAUUGAUACACGUUACGGAAAAACAGUCAAAAUUGAUCUGAGAAAAAAGAAGAAAGUCCCUGAUCAAAUUUCGAAGGGAAAAUGGUUUUUUCGUCUGGAGGCCGCAUUAUCUCGUGGUGGAGUAACCCCAAAAGAUCGAUGUAUAGAUUGGUACAAAGCGCACCCAGACCACGCAGAUUACACCGAAAAGCUUGUGCCGUGCCCCUGUACAAAAAAUCAGGCUGAAAAGGACAGCAGAUUUAAAAUGGAUUCAAAAGGAUGGCCUUUUAUUUGUGCAAAAUCUGUCUUUCCUUCCAAUGAGGGAUGGGAACAGAAGUGCUGUUACUCUCAAUUUACAAGAGCACUGGUCAAAGGGUAUCCAGGAGGAGGAUAUCCAAUCUCUUCUAUUAGUUACACAUCUGGUUUGAAACAUGAUGAAUUUGCCUAUGUAAAAUGCUGUGUCGAAUCAAGCACGUGUAAUUUGUUUUACAAAAAACGACCAUCUGAUGAUUGCUGGAGAUACCUCCAUCCUCAAUUAUGUUGGUUUUUGGGUGAUCCUCAUUUCGUGACGUUAGAUGGCCUGAACUACACCUUCAAUGGUCUUGGCGAGUACAUCAUGGCAAACAUAAGCAACGGGUUGUUCCAGCUUCAAGCUCGAACCAAGUUGGUCGAGGGUGGAGGGAAAGCUACUGUGUUUGUUUCAGCCGUUGCAAGGCAGACAGGAUCAAGUGCAGUACAAGUGAACCUUAAAUCUGCUGGAGGUCUGGAAGUGUUAGUCAAUGGCAGUGUAAUAGACCACUCCACUUUGACCAAUACAACUACUCGUUACAAUGGCUCCGUUGCUUUAUCUCGACCUGACAAGGCCUCCAUCACUGUACUCUUCCCUUGUGGGAUUUCAGUCAAGAUGACUGACGUCAAAGGCUCAUUGGCCAUCCUUCUUGCUGCUCCAGAGAGAUUUAAGAACAAAACUCGUGGUUUGCUAGGUGUUUGGAAUGAUUAUCCUGAAGAUGACUUGACAACACCGACCGGUCGUGUCCUACCGACCAAUGCCAAGGGCAGAACCAUACACUAUGAAUUUGGACAAUUAUGGCAAGUGACAGAAAGCACUUCACUCUUCACCUACAAGGAAGGAGAAAGCGUCAACACGUUUUCUAAUUCUUCUUUUGAGCCAAUGUUUAUAGAGGAGUAUAACUUUACCAGCGAUGCUGUAAAACAAGAAGCUCUAGAGAAAUGUGAAGGAGACGUGAACUGCCUGUUCGACGCAGCCUUGACUAAUGAUGUUACCAUGGGAACGAGUACAAAGAUAGUCGGUUCAAAUUUCAAGAACGAGUCCGAGGCAAUGAAAAACAAGGUGCCUAUCUUUGUGAACCACUCUUCGUUCAUCAAUGUGACUGUCAACACAACUGCUCGCAUAGAGAUCUUUGCUAAGGAUGACGACGGUGAUCCACUCACUUUUUAUGUCAGCGGUGUACUUCCUGAGACUCUGGAUAACACAACCUCUAAUAAUAGCAUUGUUGUCUCUUGGAAGGUUACAAUGGACAAGAUUCAAUUGGAGUUCACUGUGAUGGACGACAAAGGCGCCGCAGCUUUAUGGAGACCAAAAGUAUACGUUUGCGCAUGUCACAAUGGUGGAUACUGCUCUCCAGAUUCCAGUAACAACAUUUUUGCAGACUCAACCAACGACACAUUCCUCAUUAUGCCGUGCAAUUGUAUCCAUGGUUACACGGGAAGAUUCUGUGAGAAUGACCUCGAUGCAUGUCAAGCGAAUCUUAACCCAUGCUACCCGGGUGUCAAAUGUACUGACCUCCCUCCCCCUGCGGACGUUUCUGGCUACAAGUGUGGACUUUGUCCUCGUGGCUUCACAGGCGAUGGUGCAUCAUGCUUAGAUCUUGACGAGUGUGAAGGUAGCAAUGGUGGCUGUAGCCAGAUCUGUGUCAAUACUCCAGGAUCGUUCGUUUGUGACUGUAACCAUGGAUACCGACUGAGCAUUGACCAAAAGACAUGUAACGACGUGGACGAGUGUAUUCCUUCAAGCGACUGCAUGCAUAAAUGUAAAAACACCAUUGGUAACUACGUAUGCGAAUGUAAUGAAGGCUUCGAAGUUAAUCCAAACAACCGAAAGGAAUGUGUUCCCAAGAUCCCGUGCACAGCUGGCGAUCAUGACUGCAAACACAUUUGCUACAUAAAGGACGGACGACAACAAUGCGCAUGUCGGCAGGGAUACAAGUUAAUGGAUGAUCAAAAGACAUGUGAAGAUAUUGACGAAUGUGAACCAAAAAUAAAGCGUUGUUCCCAGUAUUGUAACAACACAGUAGGCAGUUAUAAAUGUUGGUGUAAGAACGGAUUCAGGCUGGAUAAGGACCUCAUUACGUGUGUGGACGUGGAUGAGUGUAUGGAGUUGACCUAUCAAUGUUCAGACCCAUCGCAACUGUGUCGAAACACCGAGGGAACGUACAAAUGUGCAUGCGGCGAGGGCUUGUACUUAACGAAGAACAACACAUGCAGAGAGAUCGAAGGACCAAUUUCCCCCGAGAAACCUGACCCUCCAAAACUCCCUACGGAAAACGAGAGAAAAAAUUCAAUCAAUAUAACAGUGCAAGACUUGAAUGUUGAUAAGUGGUACAAAUCGCUGGACAAGAGCUUCAAGGACGCUGUUGCUAAAGCUGUGACGUACUACUGCGCAAAUAAAGAUGAGGACUGCAAGAAAGAACGAGAACGUGAAAGACGAGCUUUAGACUACGUUCUCUACACCGCUGACCAGGUUCAUUUGCUGCCCGAUUUUCCAAAGCAAAUCAACCUUAGAUCACGUGAACUGGCUGCUGUCAUUGCUUUCUACGUGGAGUUUCCUCCUGAAGUCGUUUCUACAUCAGGAGAUUCCAUAGAGGGUGGAAUACUGGUGGAAAUCGUACAAUUUGCUAAGAAGGACAUCGAGAAAUCUUUGAAUAGAACCAUUAGUAGCAUUACUUCGAAUAAGAAAGAAGAACCUUCGAUCACGGAAGAGCCAGAAAAGUUGAAUAUUUACGUUAUUAUCGGUGUGUCAGUUGGUGCUGUGGUGCUUCUUGUUAUCAUUGUCGUUCUUGUCAGAAGAUUCGCAUGCACGAAAAGACCACAAGAAAACACUAAGCGAGUAGGGUCAUCACCUGGUAUCAAUAACCAGUCCUUUAAUCCCAUGGGUGAAGGUGAAGGUGAAGGUGAAGGUGAAGGUGAAGGUGAACCUAUCGAAUUACGUCCAGUUUCGAUGGAGAACGCACUCGAAGAUAGCGGUAACCAAUACGUAGAGAUUGGCAGGGAUAAUCCUGAUGUAGAUCAUAGCGAUGUAGCUGAGAAGCCCCAGUCCGAUGUGACGUUUUCCACACAAGCAGAGUAUAGCGAGAUUCCUGCGAAACCUGGUCUUGAAGGCCAUUACGAGGAAACCUGUUAAAGACGAGAAGAACAGUGAGAUAGCUGCGAAACCCGUAGGUUGGACGUAUUUUUCCCAUUUGAGAGCACGCCCAUUAUCUAGAAAAUACGAUUCUUUGUCUUUGUCUUAUCAUGUGUCUUCUCGUACGCAACCGUUACACAAAGAAAUGAUGCUCUAGGUAAUGAAAGAUGGUCUGAAAUAGGACAACUUUACGCCAAACCCUGCAUUUCAUAAUCAUUCGCAAUAUACUCUAUAAACCGCAAUCAGGAGUAACACUCUGAUCUAGAAAAGUGCCCAAAUUAUCAGUCUUGGGUGUACCGCCUAUUAAUUCAAGCAUCAAGUAAUACCUUUGUACAAAACCGCAGGCUUCUGAUAGCCAAACGAUGUCAUAGAUAGAAUAUCAUAGAUUACUUUCAUAGAUAGCCAUUAUAUCCCUAUCUUUUUUACUGUUACAUGGAUGAUCUUUUUAUCAAGAUAUUUGUAUGAAUAUUUUGUAAGAAACUGUGUGCGCACUUGUAGCUGCUGUUUGUAAAUAGACGUAAUGCUACAUAUAAUAAAUCUUAAAAUCUUC